AGCAUCGCACACUCAACGCGCCGAGAACGGUGCCCCAGCCGCCAAAAAUACAGGAGCCUUGUCUGUCGUCCGUUUCCGUCAAAGGCGCGCGUUUCUCCUUCUGUGCCCCGCGAGAUCCCUCCCGGACGGAUGAAAGUACGUCAACUUCUGGGUUGGACGCGCCCCACCGACAUGGCUAUGAGCAGCUACCAUCACAGCAAGCGACCUGGAGUAUCCAGCAGCUCCAGCAAUAACAGGGAGCACGAAUAUGACCUCCCAUUUGAAGCGAUGAAGCUACACACACCUGAGUCUGGUACUUCUCGGGUUAAAAACAACAACUCGAAGGAGGUCAAUGCCUCAAAUUCAAAGCGAGGUCCAGAGACGCCAGAGGAACCUGAAGAUAAGGUCUCUCCUACUACGACAAUCUCACCUCAUAGUAGUCACGGUCAUGCAGAGAAGGAGAAACCUCGCGCUAUUCCAUGUAGUAGUGAAGACAGCAGUAACAGCAGCACAGCUUCGUCAUCAUCGGGUGCUGCCGUGCCGACAGUGAACGCAUCCGUUAAUAUCCCACCACCGACAGCUUCUCCACCUCCAAAGGUGACGUUCCGUAAGGGCGAGAAGAGCUUUCUCGACUUCCACCAACACUAUGCUAUCACGAGACACUUAGGAGAAGGUUCAUACUCGACGGUGAAGCAGGUGACGCAUCGAAAGAAAGGAGGCUUCUACGCCUGCAAGAUCGUGGACAAACUGAGUCUCUCGGAUGUGGAUCGCGCGGCUCUUUCGCACGAAGUGCGGGUAUUGUCGAGUGUCAGCCACGUCAACAUUAUGCGCUUGUAUGAAGUCAUCGAAGACGACGCCAAGUGCUAUUUAGUCACCGAAUUGGCUGAAGGAGGGGAUCUAUUCGACCGCAUCGUCAAGCAAGGCAAAUUCCCAGAGCAUGAGGCACAGAAGGUAGCAGCAGCGUUAGUGGAGGCACUGCACUACUGUCACACACACAGCAUUAUCCAUCGAGAUGUGAAGCCCGAGAACGUGCUGCUAUCUGGAGAUGACGUCAAGCUGUGCGACUUUGGCUUUGCUAGGCAACUCAAUCAUCAACAAGAUCAGGCUUCAGACUCGUGUGGAACACCGGGUUACGCAGCUCCGGAGAUCUUAGACGGACGUUCGUAUGGUCUUGAAGUGGACGUGUUUUCACUGGGUGUCGUAACGUACAUUAUGCUGUGCGGAUACCCUCCGUUCCCGAUGAAACUCGCUCAGUUGCGUACACAUCGCUUCAAUGUGCGCUAUCCGUCCAAGGACUGGGCUGCCAUUCACCCUGACGUCAAGACUUUGAUCUCCAAGAUGUUACACGUAGAUCCGAAGGAGAGACCGACGAUGGCAGUUCUUCGAACGCAUCCGUGGAUCCAAUCGGGUAGAGUUACGCUGGAGCGUCUACGUCGGGAAAACGAGGAACGUCGACGUCUUGCGGACCUAACGCGACGUCAGCAAGCAGCUUCAGCGAUCCGUAAGAAGCUGGUUAUGGGCGGUUUUGAGGCCGUUAAAUACGGUCGCAACGGCCUACCACAUCGCACUAAACUGCGUCUGUCGACUGACGGUAAAGUCCUGAGCUGGCAACCAAAACUGCUGAAGCGAGGUUUGUUGCGUUACCAGAACGCACGCAGCUUCACUAGCCUAUUCGGUAUUGGCGGCAAGGAGGACAACAGCCAGCCAGAUCUGCAUACUCCUCAGUCAGAGCCCAAGCGACAACCGACUGGCGGUACGCCUAACAACGAGCACGAUGAGUCUGAGCACAGUGCUAACGCUGCUUGCGUUUCGUCUCCCCAUUCCCCUGACAGCUCGACCAGCAGCACUUCGGACGCGAUUAACGAGAAGCGUCUGUGGUGGCGUUCGCUACGUCGGGAGCGUGGUGCGAAGACUGAACGCACGGCCAGCGGCGGAUUCACACUCAACCUUUCCGCUCGACAGACCGGCAGCACCCCGACAUCUCCAAUAACGCCUCCAGCAGCAAAAGUGCUUCGAAUGCGAAAUCCUAGCUCAACCGUUGAGCAGCCUUUGACCCCUUCCGCGCUGUCUCCGGAUCGUCUGGAUGACUCCAUUAAACUACACGACAUCCGUCAACUCCUUGCCGGUGACGACGCGCCGUUUUUCGCUGGCCACGCCAUGAACCUGCCCAAUUCCUCCAAACGAGCGGUGGAUCCUGCUUGUGUUUUGUCUGUAUGCACUCGAUUCCGUGAACUUCAUCUCGAAUUUCCCAACGAAGGUGUUCGUGAUGGAUUCAUGUAUUUACUACAGCAAGCCACGCUGCCAUUGCAGCAGUGUGCACCAGUUCAGCCUACGCGUGUGACGAAAGCACUGUCAGUGCCACCACCAGCACCAGCUAACCUAUCCGACAAAAAACAAGAUACUUUUGUGACCACAGCACCACCUGAUGAAGAGUUGAAGAUGCAACCUGAUGAUCGUGAACAUACCAAUGGACCUGAAGUCGAUGAUAAUGUGGCGACGGCAGCGAAGCAAGCGAAAGCUGGGAACUCCAACCAGGACGAUUGAAUUUUCCAUAAUUAUUAUUCGCGUACAAAUUCCGACAAUCUAAUGAAAAAGCUUAAUUCUCAC